AUGCGACUCGACAGGGCUCGAUCGUGGGCUCGACCUCUCGCGUCUUCAACAUCAAGCGGCGAAAUCUCUUCGAAGGAUCGGUCGCUUGUCGAAACUCGCGACCCCGCCCCCGGAUCGCUUCGCUGCAACUCCUUCGCUUCCUCGCUCCCGAAGUCGCUCCCUCGGCUUACGUCGCUGCGGUCGUUCGACGUGAGUGACAAUAACUUCGUGGGCGAGUUUCCUUCGGGCAUCGGGGCAUUGCCAUCGCUGACGAGGCUAAACGCGUCGGGCAACAACUUCGUCGGGCCUCUACCGCAGGACAUUGGCGAUGCGACGUCGCUCGAGGAGCUGGACUUCCGAGGAAGUUACUUCUCGGGUUCGAUUCCGAAAUCCUACAAGAACCUACAGAAACUCAAGUUCCUCGGGCUUUCAGGCAACAACUUAACUGGGGAAUUGCCGGCUGAAUUAGGCCAGCUUGCUGCCCUCGAGAGACUCAUAAUUGGCUACAAUGAAUUCGAAGGUCGAAUUCCCGCGGAACUGGGGAACUUGACCAAUCUCCAGUAUCUCGAUAUGGCGAUCGGGAACCUGGAGGGUCCGAUUCCCGCGGAAUUGGGGAAACUCCAGCUCCUGGAAACCGUUUAUCUGUACAAGAACAAUAUCGGAGGCGAAAUCCCAGAGGAAAUCGGUAACAUCUCUUCAUUAGCGUUCCUAGAUCUCUCUGACAACCAAAUCUCAGGCAAAAUUCCGUCGGAGUUAUCCAAUCUGAGCAAGCUGCAACUGCUGAAUCUGAUGUGCAAUAGGCUCGAAGGUCUAGUUCCUGAAGGAAUCGGCGAGCUGCAGCAGCUACAGGUUCUUGAACUGUGGAACAAUUCGCUCGUUGGGCCUCUGCCUGCUCAGCUCGGUCGCAACUCUCCGUUGCAGUGGCUCGACGACGCUUCAAGCAAUUCCCUCACUGGCGAGAUCCCUGCUGAUCUUUGCAACGGAGGAAAUCUCACAAAGCUCAUUCUCUUCAACAAUGCGUUCACGGGUCCGAUCCCUGAUAGUUUAACAGAAUGCACGUCUCUGGUUCGAGUCAGGAUUCACAACAAUAGGCUCAAUGGCUCGGUACCCGUUGGACUCGGUGCACUACCGAAGCUACAGAGGCUAGAAAUUGCCAGCAAUGAUCUCGACGGUGAGAUCCCCGAUGACAUAUCGCUGUCAGCUUCCCUCUCGUUCAUCGACUUCUCAAACAAUCAUCUACGACUCGGUCUACCUUUGAAUACCUUCGCCAUACCGACACUUCAGACGUUCAUGGCGUCCGAUAACCAGCUAUCAGGUGCAAUGCCGCAUCAGUUUCAAGAUUUCCCAACUCUCUCGUCUAUCGAUCUGUCAAACAAUCGCCUCUCUGGUCGAAUACCAGACAGCCUUGCCUCCUGCGAAAGGCUAGUCAGCCUGACCCUUCGCGGCAAUGGGUUCACCGGUGAGAUCCCGUUAUCAAUCUCACUAAUGCCAACACUAGCCAUUCUUGAUCUUUCAUCCAACCAAUUGACGGGUCACAUACCCGUAGACUUCGGGAACUCUCCCGCCUUAGAAAUGCUCAACCUCUCCAGCAACAAUCUCUCCGGCCCAGUGCCCACCAAUGGAAUUCUCCGGACGAUAAACCCGAACGAGCUUUCAGGCAAUUUGGGUCUAUGCGGAGCUCCGUUACCGCCGUGCGCUUCAAAUAUCUCAUUCAAACAGCCCUCUAGCGUCAAGGUAAACCACAUCAAACACAUUAUCACCGGAUGGCUCGUCGGAGUCUCCGCCGUGCUCACAGUAGGAGCCUUUUCUGUCCUCGUCCACCGACUCUACCUCCGAUGGCAAUCACGGCUUGACGAAGAAACUGGUGCGUGGCCAUGGCGGCUGACGGCAUUCCAACGCUUCAACUUCACAAGCGCCGACAUCCUCGCGUGCAUCAAAGAAUCCAACGUCGUCGGAAUGGGGGCGACUGGAGUAGUUUACAAAGCCGAAAUCCCCCGCCAGCACGCCACACUGGCGAUCAAGAAGCUAUGGCGAUCCGAGCCGGGAGCAUUAUCCCUCGCCGGAGAGUUCAUCGGCGAAGUCAGCUUAUUAGGCAAACUUCGCCAUCGGAAUAUAGUUCGGAUGAUGGGAUACAUGCACAACGACAUGGAUGCGAUGAUCGUUUACGAGUACAUGCCGAACGGGAGCCUGUGGGAGGCGUUGCACGGCGACGAGGGAGGCCGAAUGCUCGUCGACUGGGUGUCGAGGUACAAUGUGGCGUUGGCUUAUUUGCACCACGACUGUCAUCCGCCGGUGAUACAUAGGGACGUGAAGUCCAACAAUAUUUUGUUGGAUGGGAAUCUUGAUGCGAGGAUUGCCGAUUUUGGGCUGGCAAAAAUGAUCGUGAGGAAAAAUGAGACGGUUUCAAUGGUGGCGGGAUCUUAUGGAUACAUUGCUCCCGAAUAUGGAUACACAUUGAAAGUGGACCAAAAGAGCGACAUUUACAGCUUCGGCGUAGUCCUAAUGGAGCUCCUAACAGGCAGAAGACCAAUCUCGCCAGAAUUCGGCGAGUCCACCGACAUCGUAGGAUGGGUAAGAGACAAGCUUCGCUCCGGUCAAGCGGCUGAAGAGUCGACGAGAGCACAUUCGGCGGGCAACUCCACGCACAUCCGCAGGAGGAUGCUGCUGGUUCUGAGGAUCGCCGUGCUCUGCACGGCGCAGUCGCCAAAGGGGCCAUCGAUGAGGGACGUCCUCAGCAUGCUCGGCGAGGCAAGCCUCGUGGAAGAGCAACAGUGCGAGUGUCGCUAA